AUGAGUUUCCAAAACAGAACAGAGGUCCAAGAGUUCCUUCUUCUGGCCUUCAAUUACAUCCACAAAUACCGUUUCUUACUCUUAUAUGUCCUGAUUUUUAUUUACAUGGUAACAUUGGUUGGGAACCUACUGAUUAUUAUCACAUCAUACUUUACUGUCUACCUACACUCUCCCAUGUACUUUUUCCUCAGCAAUUUCUCCUUUUCUGAAAUAGUGUUUUCUACAAACAUAAUACCAAAUUUGUUAUAUACCAUUUUACACGGAAAGGCGAUCAUUUCUAAAACAAGUUGUAUCACACAAUAUUACAUGUAUUCUUCAUCUACAAGUGUAGAAUGCCUCCUACUUGCGGUCAUGUCCUACGACCGCUAUUUGGCCAUUUGUAAUCCACUUCAUUAUUCAUCUAUCAUGACAAUUAAAUUGUGUCUCCAUCUGGUGACCUCCACUUGGUUCACAAGUUGUAUGUUGUCAGUAGCUGAAGCUGUUCAGUUAAGUGAGAUGUUUUUCUGUGACUCUGCAGUAAUUGAUCACUUUUUCUGUGAUCUUGGUCCACUUAUCCAGCUCUCUUGUUCAGACACGAGCACUAUAGAAAUGACAGAUUUUAUCCUCUGUUUCCCAAUUCUAGUUUUUCCUGUUGUCUUCAUCAUUAUAAGUUACAUCAAUAUUAUAUCCUCUAUCCUACAUAUUUCAUCCACCCUGGGAAGGAAGAAAGCAUUCUCCACCUGCAGCUCCCAUCUCAUAGUUAUUUCUACAUAUUAUGGAACCUGCAUCUUCAUCUAUAUGACACCAUUGAUAGAGAAUGCUGUCACAAUAAAGAAAGUGUUAUCCUUAUUAUACAUAGUGGUGACUCCGUUAAUCAAUCCAUUUAUUUACAGUCUAAGAAACAAGGACAUUAGGUUAUCAAUUGUAAAAUUAUGCAGAAAGGUGAAAGAAUAUAGACUCUAA